AUGCCCUCAGUAGCGCCCGCUGCUGGACGGGCGAGUCCCCCGCCGGACGACCAAAUUGAAUCCCAAGAUUGGCCAACGGAGCUCAAAGACGCAUCCUCGCCUCGUAGUAGUGGAGAGCGCAUGCAUUUCAAAGGGGAUGGAUUGAACACCGGCGUGCGGGUGAUGGUCAUGCACACAGGAGAUGGUCGCUUGAAAAUUCGCAUCAACCAGCACAAGCCCCAUAUUGCAGGCCUGUUGAACUUGCAUCGCCCGUCCAAGACACAUCGGACGGCCGAGGGCGAAGCCGAACGUGUCGACGAGACCUCCCAGAAACUGAACGAAGAUGCCGAUGAUUUCCCACUCCAUCUGAACAUUGUCAUUCAAGUAGUCGGAUCUAGAGGCGACGUCCAACCGUUCGUCGCCCUGGGAAAGGAACUUCAAAAACACGGGCAUCGGGUACGCCUAGCGACACAUCUUGCGUUCCGCGAAUUCGUGCUGGAUGGCGGUCUGGAAUUCUUCAACAUCGGAGGCGAUCCAGCCGAGUUGAUGGCAUUCAUGGUCAAAAACUCGGGUCUACUCCCCAACAUGAGCACAAUCCGCAGCGGUGCGAUUCAGAAACGUCGCCGAGAAAUGAGAGACAUUGUGGACGGAUGUUGGAGGUCGUGCUUCGAAAUGGGAGAUGGCACCAACCUUCAUCAGAUUAAGGAGGACUUGUGGAGUGAGGAGGAAGACUAUCGUCAGCGUCCGUUCGUGGCCGAUGUCAUUAUUGCGAACCCACCCAGUCUGGCUCAUAUCCAUUGUGCGCAGAAACUGGGAAUUCCAUUGCAUAUCAUCUUUACGUGGGUAUUGGUCUCUGGUCAAUGCGAUCGCCAGAUAAACCGCACUGGUACUGACUUCUGCACAUUUUCCAGCAUGCCCUGGUCGCCCACACAAGCUUUCCCCCAUCCUUUGGCAGUCAUCCAACAGCAGGACUGUAAGCCUUCAGUCGCCAAUUUUGUCUCCUAUGCGAUCGUAGACAUGAUGAUCUGGGAAGGUUUGGGGGAUAUUGUCAACAAAUAUCGACGGACGGUUCUUACGCUUGGUUCCUUGGAUGCCAUCACGGCUCCGAGUAUCCUCCACAAACUACGGGUUCCUUGCUCAUACCUCUGGUCACCAGCUAUCUUGCCCAAGCCGGAAGACUGGGGUGAUAAUAUUGAUGUCUGUGGAUUCAGCUUUCUUCCGUCCAAACCUGACUACGACCCGCCAAAAGAGAUUACAGAAUUCUUGAACAAAGGACCCAUGCCGAUCUAUGUUGGGUUUGGCUCUAUUGUGGUUGACGAUCAGAAAAAGCUCACGGAAACUGUAUAUGAGGCUGUCAAAAAGUCUGGGCAACGGGCCAUCAUCUCCAAGGGCUGGGGUAAUGUCGGCGUUGAUAGCGUAGAGGUGCCCGAUAACAUCCUCGUGAUUGGAAGUUGUCCUCACGACUGGUUAUUCCGACAAGUCUCAUGUGUAAUUCACCAUGGUGGAGCCGGUACGACUGCCGCUGGACUUGCCCUUGGAUGUCCAACGAUCAUUGUCCCUUUCUUUGGCGACCAGCAGUUCUGGGGCGAUAUUGUCGCUCGGAACGGUGCAGGUCCCUCGCCUAUUCCCCACAAGCAGCUUACCGUGGACGGUCUAUCUGACGCUAUAAGGUUUGCUUUGAAGGACUCCACGCGCGAAAAGGCAAUGGAAAUCGCCAAGAAGAUGGAAGGUGAAUCUGGGGUGCGGGACGGCGUGCGCAGCUUCCAUCGCCAGCUGGAUCUGCGAUCGCUGCGAUGCGCAAUUUGUCCAUCGCGGCCAGCUGUGUGGCACUUGAAGCAUACCACAGUCGGGUUGAGUGCUUUUGCUGCUGCGAUUUUGGUGGAGACGGGCAAGGUCGACCCGGAGAAUCUCGUGUUAAACCGCCCCAAAGAAUACGAUACCUAUCGUGACCCGGUCGGCCCGAUCAGCGCGAGUGCACAAGUCCUGUUUGGAGCCAUUGCGCACUUCGUAGGUGGCAUCGCUGAUGCGCCUGCUGACAUGGUCAAUGAUUUGGCUGUGGCACGCCAAGCUCUGAUCAACAAUUCCGGACGAACUGAUCUCGACCAUGAAUGGCGACGCCACAGGUCCCGCAGCAGACCACGAUCAACCGGGGCGAGUCAUAAAUCACGGAAGAGUCAUGAUCGUCGGAAAAGCCACGGGACUGAGGCCAGCGAUGAGACUCGAAAUGGUGAUGAAGCUCAUACAGCUGAUGAUAGCGAAAGAGACACUGGCAGACGAUCAAGCGAAGCACAUAACCGAUCCAGUGAACCACCUCGACCAAGCACCUCAAAUAACACUGUCGAACACAAGCCAAUGCAACCCAAUGGAGACGCGCAUGGCGACGAUGACAGCGAGUCUUCCACUGAUGACAGCGACCUACCUGACUCACUCGACGUGGAGCCAAACCUGGAUCUGGCAAGAGAAUGCACCAAUGAACUUCACAAGACGACGACCGUGGCAUCCGAAUAUCAACCCUCCAGAUCGCACAAUAUCAUGUAUGAAAUUGCAAGCUUUGGGGGCAAAAUGUCAUUGAAAUUUGUCAAUCUGCUUAUUUGGCUACCAACGGAUUUGACCAUCAGUCUGUCUAAGGGAUUUCAUAAUGCACCCAAAUUAUGGCAUGAUCCAAUGGUCAGGUCAACUCCUAAGGUCGAUGACAUUCAGAGCGGCUUCAGAGCAGCCGGCCAGGUAAGCCAAACUUGGAAGUCAACCGAGAUGACACAGUCCAACAAGAUACUCACAAAUACACAGGAAUUGUUCCACGGAUUCUAUGACGGAGUUACCGGCCUGGUGACUCAACCGCGACACGGUUACAAGCAAAAAGGCACAAAGGGAAUGAUCAAAGGUAUCGGAAAGGGCCUCGGAGGAGUUUUCUGCAAGCCACCAGCAGGUAUGAGCGAAACUUUCCACCCCAUCAUCUCAACUAGUACUCAAGACGAAGUCUUGCUCAUACGACUAACAUCCAAACUCUCAGGCCUAUGGGGAAUUACGGGAUAUCCUCUCAUGGGAGUCCGCCGACGAAUCCUAGCCGCGCUUGGUCGCUCCAGCGAAGGCCAGAUUGUCCUAUCCCGCAUUGCGCAAGGCCACGAGGAAAUGUAUGCCUCAUCACCUCAUGAGCGGGCCGAAGUCGUGAAGAAAUGGUCCGUGAUUGAAGGGUCUUUGACCUCAACGCAGAGCCGCAGACAUAAAGAUACUGGAUUCCGUCGACACUUUCACCACCACCAUAACCACUAUCGUGGUCCGUCUAGUAUGUCUCAUGCUGUUACGACUUCCACUUGA